UACCGAAGUUGGAGGAUAAUGUAGCCGUAGGCUGAAUAUAGUACAGCUUAUUGUUAUAUUACAGGCGUCCACUUUUUUUCUCCCCCGUAAACGCACCCAUGUUUUUAAACUCGUGAGACACUAAAGAAAAGAAGACAAGUCACCUUUGUUCGAGCUGGAUCGCCUAACGCUUCCCAGAUUUCCUGUUCCUGUGUGGAAGAAUUACCGAGGGCCGCUAACAAGCGAUUGAGGGCCAGUGACGCAAAACACACAUUACACGAAAGCAGCUGUGUGGACUGACGCUCAGGAUUCUGCAGCUUUAACAGUCGUGGGUUUACCUUCCCCUGUCAUCAGAGGGACUGCUGCAGACUCGAACACAUUGGGUGACCGUUCGGUUCACCGAAGAGUUUUUUAGGGUUUUUUUUUCCUCUCAGAGUCUUGGUGCUAAACGCAACCAUUUUUUCGGGAACGAAACUGGGAUUGUCCCUCAUAUUAUGCACUUCAAUGGAUACAGGUGGCUCAGUGGUUAGCACGCGAGCUGAGGAGCAGUCCUUUCACGUCCGCUACAGGAUGGAGGUGUCCUGCCUGGAGCUGGCGCUGGAGGGUGAGCGCCUCUGUAAGGUGGGUGACUACAAAGCAGGCGUCUCCUUUUUUGAAGCUGCCAUCCAAGUGGGCACAGAGGACCUCCAGGUGCUCAGUGCCAUCUACAGCCAGCUUGGAAAUGCCUACUUCCACCUGCACGACUAUGCCAAGGCCUUGGAGUUCCACCGGCACGAUCUCACCUUGACGAGGACAAUUGGCGACCUGGUCGGAGAGGCCAAAGCCAGCGGUAACCUCGGCAACACAUUGAAGGUGCUGGGUCGGUUCGAUGAGGCUGUGGUUUGCUGUCAGAGGCACUUGGACAUAGCCAGAGACAUGAAUGACAAGGUGGGGCAAGCGAGGGCACUCUAUAAUUUUGGGAAUGUGUACCAUGCCAAAGGCAAAAGUAUCUGCUGGAGCGGAGCUGAGCCCGGAGAUUUCCCCGAAGAUGUUAUGAUGGCACUGAGGAAAGCAGCAGAGUACUAUGAGGCAAACUUGGCGAUAGUGAAGGAGCUUGGAGAUCGAGCUGCUCAGGGUCGAACUUAUGGCAACCUUGGCAACACACACUACCUGCUGGGAAACUUUCGCAAAGCCGUAGCUUCUCAUGAACAGCGUUUGCUCAUUGCUAAGGAGUUUGGGGAUCGAUCAGCAGAGAGGCGGGCUUACUGCAACUUGGGGAAUGCGUAUAUCUUUUUGGGGGAAUUUGAAGUGGCAGCUGAACAUUACAAGAAGACACUGCAGUUGGCGAGGCAGUUAAAGGACCGAGCUGUGGAAGCUCAGGCCUGCUACAGUCUCGGCAACACCUACACACUUCUGCAGGACUAUGAGAGAGCCAUAGACUAUCACCUCAAACAUCUCAUCAUAGCUCAAGACCUCAAUGACAGGAUUGGUGAGGGCCGUGCGUGCUGGAGUCUUGGAAAUGCCUACACUGCACUGGGAAACCAUGACCAAGCCAUGCACUUUGCUGAGAAACACCUGGAGAUCUGCAGAGAGACUGGAGACAGGAGCGGGGAGCUGACAGCUCGUAUGAAUGUAUCUGAUCUCCAGACACUUUUGGGUUUGAGCUACAGCACAAAUACCUCCACUGUUUCCGAAAAUAAGGAUAUCGACUACAGCCUGCACGGAGCCAGGCCCAGGAUGAGCAAACGACACAGCAUGGAGAACCUGGAGCUGGUGAAGCUCACUCCAGACAAAGUAAAUGGUCAAAAGUGGAACAGCGACAUCUUGACCAAACAGUCCAAACCCUCGCUGGCUAAGAGCUCCUCCAAGCUCUUCUUUGUUGGCCGUCUGCGAGGGAAGAAGUACAAGUCUGGCGGCUCCAGUAAGGUCCUCCAGGACACCAGCAAUACCCUGGAUACCAGUCAGCCACCGGCACAGGGACCACAAAAACGACUCAGCCCCGACAUGCUCGGAGAUGACGGUUUCUUUGACUUGCUGAGCCGAUUCCAGAGCAACCGCAUGGAUGACCAGCGAUGUUCGAUACAAGACCGAGGCAGCAGGUUAUCGCUAAACAGCGGCCCAGAGUCGCCUCCCAGGACCAUCAGGAAAUCCAUGUCAGAGUCUGCCAAUGUGUCAGGCGCUCAGGGCAGGCACUUAGAGGAGUCAUCAGCAGCAGGGGGGAGCCUGCCAGGACUCAGGCUCAACCAAAACAGCAACCAGGCCGUGCUCAGCCACCUGAUGGCCAACGCUGACAGCGCUGAGCCUGAUGAUGACUUCUUUGAUAUGCUUGUCAAGUGCCAGGGCUCCCGUUUGGAUGACCAGCGGUGUGCUCCUCCCCCUCCUCCAGUCCGAGGGCCCACCGUACCAGAUGAGGACUUCUUCAGCCUCAUCAUGCGGUCGCAGGCCAAACGAAUGGACGAACAACGCGUCACCCUGCCUUCUGCUGCAAACGCUGCAUCUAGGCCAAGCUCCAACUAAACAAAGCACUAAAGGGACUGUGAGGUCUUUUGUUUAAUGAAGGUGUGGACAGUAUCAUGAUGGACCAGUGAUCACUUCCUUGUCCUUUAGGACAACACAUAGCAUUAUCAGCACUGUAUGCAGUUGACAGUAUGGGGGGCGGGGGAACUCAGAUUAACAAGGACUUUUCGCACAGCUUGUACAAAGAUGAACUCAGAGUAGCAUCGGGGACAAAAGUGGUUUUUUAAUAAUUGUUUUUAAUAAUUCUAUACUGCUGUAUACUCUCACUUCACCCUGUGUAUUUUUAAAUACACCACUGCAGGUAUGUUUGUAUUUAUUGUUCUUGUCCCAUGAACUGCCGUCCCACUGCUAUGAAGUAGUAGAGGUAUACGCAUAGUGGUGUUUUAAAUCACUCUUUUCAUGUAUUACAGCCCUUUACAGAUAUGGCAUACAUGGCAUCAGUGGCUUCAUCAGUUCUCAGACAGGUCACUUGGCCUCAGCUCGCAGCAGUUAUGGAGAGAGCGCACAGUGUUUGCCGCAGGUGUUACACUUGUGGCAAUUAGCCUUUUGUCAAGAACUGCCCCUUAAACACAGGCACUUAGAAAGAAAGUCCUUUUCAGAAUUGUGAGUGUGCGUGUCUUGUGCGUGCCUGUUUGAUGUGAUUUCAUGGAGUUUCUGAGUUGUGCCAUGUUGAAAGUAAAAUGUAAAUGUUUGAAGGUGUGAUCUGUUCUGAUUUCUGUGGGAACUUUUCAUGAAAAAGUGACCAUGGUGCUUUAUGAAUCUCAUUGAAAAGAGUGUGUCUGAAAAGGGUUUUUGUUUGUAUGAGGUUUUUGUUUGAGUUAAUUUCCUGAAGUCACACAGGAGGCACUUACAAAAGCUACUAUGAGCAAACUGAUAAAGUAUGGAUUUAACCCAUGUACAGUCCGUGUCUCUUACCCUUUUGUACUAAAUAUUCUGAGUGAGAUCAGAGGAAUAAAACAUGUCUGUUCAUGUA